AUGUCGAACCAGCACACCCAGAAGACCUACACCCUCAACACUGGCGCCAAGAUUCCCGCUGUCGGUCUGGGAACAUGGCAGUCCAAGCCCAAUGAGGUCCGCGAGGCCGUGAAGAACGCUCUUCUUGCUGGUUACCGCCAUAUUGAUACUGCUCUGGCUUAUGGCAAUGAGGCCGAAGUCGGUGCGGGUAUCAAGGACUCUGGCGUACCCCGCGACCAGAUCUGGCUCACCACCAAGUUGGAUAACACCUGGCACCACCGCGUGACCGAAGGUAUUGACUCGUCGCUUAAGGACCUCGACACCGAUUACGUGGAUCUCUAUUUGAUGCACUGGCCCAGCUCAACCGACCCCAAUGACAAGUCGAAGCAUCUGCCCGAUUGGGAUUUCAUCAAGACGUGGCAAGAACUGCAGAAGCUUCCUGCCACUGGCAAAGUCCGCAACAUCGGUGUCUCCAACUUUGGUAUUACGAACUUGGAGAAGCUUUUGAAUGACCCCAGCUGCAAGAUCGUGCCUGCCGUCAACCAGAUUGAACUUCACCCGAACAAUCCUUCUCCCAAACUGGUCGCCUAUAACACUUCGAAGGGCAUCCACUCCACGGGUUACUCCUGCCUAGGCUCAACCAACUCUCCUCUAUACAAGGAUCCCACCCUUCUGCAAAUUGCUGAAAAGAAGGGAAAGACUCCUCAGCAGGUACUCCUGGUUUGGGGCGUCCAAAAGGGAUGGAGUGUCAUCCCCAAGUCCGUCAGCAAGUCGCGCAUCGAGGGUAACUUUGAUAUUAAUGGCUGGAACUUGACUGAAGAUGAAGUGAGCCAGCUCGACAACCUCAAGGACCGCUUCAAGGUCUGCGGUGACGCUUGGCUCCCCAUCAAGGUGUUCUUCGGGGAUGAUGAGUAA